AUGGACAUGUCAUGUAUCGAAAUCAAAGAUCACUGCUGCCGGUGCCAGCGUGUUGCGGCCUGGCCUGGAGUCACGAUGAAAAGGGUGGCAUCACAUGCAAAGAGGAUCAUCUGUCGGCUACGACCAUCACCGGGGCAAAACUUGGAUUGCCGUCUUCUCCAGUUGCCGGUUGAUAUAUUUGUCGCCGUGAUUGAUCAUCUGUCGGAAGUUGACAGGCACGUGUUGGCCAAAACGUGUCGAGCUUUUUGGACCGAUAUACGUCGACGCUAUGAGCCAAUUUCUUCGCUAUCCAAGAACCAAUACCUGAGAUAUUUGAUCAACAUCUCGCGGAGCAACCCAGAUGUAUGGGUUUGUGAGUUGUGUGCCAAACUGCACCCGGCGAGGAAUCAGACCUGUCCCCGACACGCUCGAAAAAGCUACUAUCUGGCUGGUAGCAGCGUCAAGCUAUCGCUCCAGCAUCGGCAUGUCCAGCUCGCUUUGAAGUUGGACCGCCUCGGUAACCUCAACAAAAGGCAAAGGAAGUUGCUUGAUCAGCUCACAAUGUCUCACCGAGCCACCCUUUCAACAUGCUCAACGAUAAGAGGAGCUGUGAGAUGCAGAUACGAUGCGUAUCCCAAGAUCAUACAGGGAAGGUACAUGGCGUUAUCAGUUUGGACGUACGAGCAGUGGAGCGAGCCAAUAUCUCAGCAGGUCAUUGAAUUGUUCUCGAUAUGUCGGCAUCAAGGGCUCACUUUCACAAUGGCAUUUACUGAAAUGUCUUUCUGGGACUACGAAAAGGAAAAUCUCGAAACGGGCGGCAGACCCUCCAAGGUUAGGCAUGCGCUGCGCUUCGCUUUCGAACUUGCUCGACAGCGCCCAGGAACCGCGGUGGAUGGCUCCUGUGCGAGCUGUCCCGUCGACUUCUCGGUCAAUUUCUCGCCCGAGAAAAUGAUUAUUCGAGCUUGGCAUGAUUUUGGGCCUGAGGGCUCGCCACUGGAUCCUGCUUGGAUGGUCCAUGCCAGGCAUCCACUUUGUUCCCCUAAUGAGGCGUUGACACUUGAUCACGUCGAGGGAAGUGUUCGAGAGUUGUAUGAGUCAUGA